UGGUUGAAUAUAAAAUAAGAACCCAGCACCAGAUACAUUAUAAUUAAUCCCAACUCAAAAAGCUUUAAAAUCUUCACCUUCCAUUUGCUAUUAUAUUCCAUCUUCAAACAUCUCUCUCCCUCCAAACAAGAAAAAGAGUAAAUAUACAAUGGUGAACUUUGUGGAUUCACAAAAACCAUUGUUGUACCGUCUCAUGAAAUGGGCUGGUGUCAUUCCGUACACCGUAGAGAUUGAACCAGGGACGAAGAUGAAAUUCUGGAUCCCAAAAGAAACCCUAAAAAAGUCCAAAAAAUCUGACAAAAACUCUGCCGUGGAACCCCAAAAACCUACCAAACCAGUCCUCUUGUUCAUCCACGGCUUCGCAGCUGAAGGGAUUGUGACGUGGCAGUUCCAGGUCGGAUCCUUAGCCAAGAAGUACUCAGUCUAUAUACCGGACCUCCUCUUCUUUGGUGGGUCUUACUCCGACAACCCGGACAGGUCACCAGCGUUCCAAGCCCACUGUUUAGUCAAGUCUCUUCGUAUCCUCGGCGUGGAUAAGUUUGUCCUUGUAGGGUUUAGUUACGGUGGCAUGGUGGCUUUCAAGAUAGCUGAGGAGUACCCUGAGAUGGUUCAAGCCAUGGUGGUUUCAGGUUCGAUACUCGCGAUGACUGAUACAAUCAGUGAGUCUAAUUUGAACCAGUUAGGGUUUAAGUCAUCGGCGGAUCUUUUGUUACCAACUUCGGUUAAAGGACUCAAGACUCUCUUUACCCUUGCUGUUCAUAAACCCAUGUGGUUCCCGAAUCGGCUCUUCAAGGAUUUCAUUGAGGUGAUGAUUACCAAUAGGAAGGAAAGAGCAGAAUUGUUGGAAGCUUUGGUCAUCAGCAACAAAGAUGUGACCAUCCCUCGUUUUCAACAGAAAAUCCAUCUUCUGUGGGGCGAAAGUGAUCAAAUUUUUAACCUUGAAUUUGCCAAGAGCAUGAAAGAGCAACUAGGCGAAAAUGCAACAAUGGAGAGUAUAAAAAAAGCAGGUCACUUGGCACAUUUGGAGAGACCUUGUGUCUAUAACAGACGUCUCAAAAAGUUUCUUGCUUCAGUUUACUCCGAAAACUAAAUUCGGUUUAAUUGAACAUAAAUUAAAUAAUACAUAAAUGAUUCUCACAUCAAUGCCCAAUGAAUUUAUUUAUCUUAUUUCUUUGGUUGUAAUUCUUCUGUCAAAAAUAAUGUAACCUGAUAUAUUUCCUAAAAUAAUGUAUGCCUGUAUGGUUCAUUGAAA